AUGGACUCGACCACGAAGGGCACCUGGGUCGAGUUUUGCUCCGGCGACAACUUGAAACUGCUGGGCAUUGGCGUCAGCAUCCAACUCUUACAGCAACUCUGUGGCAUGAACGCCUUCAUGUACGACGGCCCUUUGAUCUUCGACAAACUCUUCGGCAAUGAACACGCUGGGCGCCUUUUUACCCUAGUCUCAGGUGUGGUCAACAUAUUCGCCACCAUCCCUGGACUUUUCUUGGUGGACAAGUGCGGCCGAACGGUGUUGAUGAAGUGGUCCGCCGUUGGAAUGAUGUUUUGCUCCGGUGUCCUUGCGUCCAUUGGAGACCUGUGCUUCGAGGACGACAUCGGAACUUGUGGUCCUUGGGCCAAGUGGACAGCCACGCUGGCCAUUUGCGGUUUCAUUCUGAACUUUGCAUACGGCUGGGGCGGCAUGGCAUGGGUCUACUGUGCCGAGAUGUUUCCGCAGAAGCACCGGACCAAGGGGGUGGCGGCCACCACCGAUGCCAACUGGGUGGGCAACAUUUUGAUUGCCUUCCUGCCACCGUUGAUGUUUGCCAACUGGGGCUUCAACACGUUUUGGGUCUUCGUUGGCACCAACUGUCUCUGCCUCUUCUGCGCCAUGUCUUUGCCAGAGACCAAGGACAAGAGCUUAGAGGAGAUUACCUUGAUGUUCAACCACUGGUUCCACCCAGGCGAGUGCAAGGCCACCGAAGACGCCGACGUGGAUUCGGUGGAUGCGUAG